AUGGUUUUGAUUUGUUCACGGAUUGAAUUUACAAAACUCAAGUGCAUAUCAUCAACCAAGGAUUUGGCUAUCUUUGAGUACUGCAUUCUGAAUAAAAAUAAUCGAACUUCCAGCUAUGUCUCCGCUAAGUUAAAAGUGUUUAAGUUACCAGUGAGAAGCGUGAAGGUUAACUUAGGUCUUUAUCAACUCAUCAAUGGAUGUAGGCCCUUUUUGUAUAAUAUAACUGUGGAUUAUUGCAAAUUUCUGAAGAACCAGAAGGCAAAUCCCAUUGCCAAAUACUUUAAUGAUCUUCUCAAGGAUGUCAGCAACUUUAAUCACUCCUGUCCUUAUAAUCAUGAUUUUAUAGUGGAUAAGCUAAGCCCUGAUAUUGUUAAUACCCGUCUCCCAAAAACCCUGCCCUUCCCAGAAGGAAGAUACAUGAUUGAGACAAUUUGGAUGGGUGAUGAAAACUAUCGAGCUGUAACCAAGUUAUAUUUUUUAUUCAUUAAUACAUAAUAGGCACGAGUUUUUUUGGGUUUUUAUUAGGUUUUUAUUAAAUAGUAUAGAUAACAGCUACGAAGAAAACGGUUUGUAAUGGGAGAAGUUCUUAACAGGCCCUGCAACUUUGAGAUGAAGUCGAGACAAGAGGUCAAGAGGUUGCAGCAGCCUCAUUUAUUAUUUCACAUAUGAAUAUUCUUUCUUGUAAUCAAUUAUUAUUAUUAAUUAUUAUUUUGUUUUCUUGACUUGAUUGUGGGCUGUGAGCUCGUAAAGCUAUUUAUCUGGAAUACAUACAAAAAUUAAAAUGUUUCACAUUUGUAAUUGCGAUGUAAGCGAUCUGAAUUCACAGUGCUGCUGAAAAGUUGCCUAACCUUAGAUAUUUUAUAUUUUAUAUUUUAUAAUUUUAUUUUUUGGUUACUAUUGGACACACGUACACACUUAUAAAAUUACAAUAAAAUGGUGCCAAACAUUUGUUUCUAAAGUUACUUCUGGGUUGACGAGUGUAAGAAGGAGUAUUGACUAAAGUCGAUAGGGGAUCUAUAGAAAACAUUUAUCAGAUAAUAUAAUUAUUUAUAUUGUAUAUAACGCAACUUUUCGUGAGAAGCGAAUAAAUUUGACGGUGGUACAUAUGAAACUUAUACAAUAGAACGACCUUUGGGCUAAUGGCGACGAGUAUCUAACUUUCAUAAUUCUUCCUUUCUUUGCUUUUCCUUAUUUUUUUCAUUUUGAAUAUUACAUUUUUUGUUUCGUUUUUUAUA